AUGAGAGUCCUGUUCUCCUUCCUGGGGCUCCUGGCCUUCUUCUCCAUGAUUCCUCCAGCCAGAAGCUUCCUUUUCAAAGCUGGCUGUUCCACAAGAUAUUACAGCUGCAGGAUGAAGUGCAAUGCCUACGAAUAUUCAGUGAGAUAUUUUGAUGACUGGAGCAUCUGCUGUAAGACCAAGAAAUCGGAAAUUAAGAAAAGAAAAGGCCAACUAUGUUCUCUUCGGAUUCCAGGAAAAUAA